ACGGCCCCCGGAGCCCCCACCAGCCACCAUGGACUGGAAGACACUCCAGGCGCUACUGAGUGGCGUGAACAAGUACUCCACAGCAUUCGGGCGCAUCUGGCUGUCGGUAGUGUUCGUCUUCCGGGUCCUGGUGUAUGUGGUGGCCGCAGAACGUGUGUGGGGGGACGAGCAGAAGGACUUUGACUGCAAUACCAAGCAGCCAGGCUGCACCAACGUCUGCUAUGACAACUUCUUCCCCAUCUCCAACAUCCGCCUCUGGGCCCUGCAGCUCAUCUUCGUCACCUGCCCCUCACUGCUUGUCAUCCUGCACGUGGCCUACCGUGAGGAACGGGAACGGCGCCACCGCCUGAAGCACGGUGACCAGUGCGCCAAGCUAUACGACAACGCAGGCAAGAAGCACGGGGCCCUGUGGUGGACGUACCUGCUCAGCCUCGUCUUCAAGCUCCUCAUCCAGCUCCUCUUCCUCUACGUGCUGCACACUCUCUGGUACGGCUUCGGCAUGCCCCGCCUGGUGCAGUGCGUCAACGUGGCGCCCUGCCCCAACACCGUGGACUGCUACAUCGCCCGGCCCACCGAGAAGAAGGUCUUCACCUACUUCAUGGUGGCCGCCUCGGCCGUCUGCAUCGUGCUCACCAUCUGCGAGAUCUGCUACCUCAUCUUCCACAGGCUCCUGCGAUGCAUGCAUAGGGACAGGCCCUCUGGAGUCCGAGGCUCCUCAGCCUCCAACAGCCGGGCCUCCACCUGCCGCUGCCACCACAAGCUGGUAGAGGCUGGGGAGCUGGAUCCAGACCUGGGCGAUGACAAACUACAGGCUUCUGCACCUAAGCUGACCCCAAUCUGA